AGUCUGGGCAGCAAGACUCUUCAGUUCGGAAUUCCCAAACGUCAGUGCACUUGUGGCUGUUGAAGGAGGUGGACGUGCACGAAGGUCCUAGAAACUAAGUGUCUCUCUCCAGAUCGAAUCUUGAAUCACUUGCGAUUCCUAGCUUCCCAAAUAGAAAAAUUUUCAGAUGAUGUUCAUCAAUAGUUGAGGCAGCUCUUCGGACGUGAGUGAGUGACGAACGAAUGUUUAUUGUUUCUAUUUUUAUAAUGGAGUUAAUUCAAAAUGUUUUUGCAAGUGGAAAAUAAAUUAUACAGUGCGACAUUCGUGCGCGUGUUAAUAUCAGUGAUUGAAAAUGGUACGAAAUUUACGUUUAAUAUCAAGAGACAGUUUUCAGUGAGUAUGAAAUUAUUCACCAAAUAAUUCUCGAUUAUCAAAAACAUUUCUCCAAACACCGACUGUGAGAAGAAACCAUGAAAAGGAAAGACACCAUUUCCAGUGUCUUUCAGACUUUCUGUCUCAUUUACAGUACCUAUAUUUCCUGAUGUGUUUCAUGUCAGCCACAGAUCUGUUUCUGUGAACUUCGGACGCCUUCCGACUCCACAGCAAAACUGAGAAGAAGAAGAACGAUCAUGAAUCUGCUUCGGACGACGACUUCCUUCUUCGCCCUGAUUUCCUGGACCUUCGCUUCCAGAGCGACUGAAGAAGACUCCAUGGUGGAGGUGUGGGUAGUCUCCGGGGGGAGGGCCAGCCUCCCUUGUGUGCCAAGGCCGAAGGUGCCGGGGGACCAGCCAGUGCUCGUCCUCUGGUACCGCAGAUUCAGCAGUUCCCUACCCAUCUACAGUUACGACGCUCGUGUGGGAGACUUCUCCAACGGCGUCAGGUGGUGGGACGAAGUGGUCCUAGGCAGGAGGGGCUAUUUCGUGCCCUCCAGCACGCCCUCGCUGGUGCUCGAACCCGCCCACGCCCACGAUCAGGACGUCUAUUCGUGCAGGAUCGAUUACCGCGUUUCGACGUCCACGACAACCAGGGUCAACCUCACUGUACUUGUGCCCCCUGGCCCUCCUGUGGUGAUGUGGGAAGGCCGAGAGAUAGUGGGGACAGUAGGACCCCUGCAGGAGAACCAGCUGACGGAGCUGACCUGUAGGAGCGAGGGAGGGCGUCCUGCGCCCUCUCUCACCUGGUUGAAUGAAGGAAGGGAACUCCCCCUCCUGCACUCUCAUUCCUCUUGGGAUCCUGUGACAGGAACAAGUAUCGCUGAAGCCACGACUUCAGUAACUGCCAAAAGGGAACUUCAAGGGGCGUCCCUGACUUGCUACGCCCGGACGCCCUCCCAACCCAGCACCUCUGGAGAUACUACGAUCCUGCCCCGGAGUGCCUCUGUCUCCCUGAGUAUCACACUAUUCCCAGUCGAAGUCCGAAUCCUCGAACAGGACGCUGUAGUGGCGACCUCAGGGUCGACUGUAAGCGUCGUGUGUCGUGCCCUUGGGUCACAUCCUCCUGCAGAGCUCUCCUGGUGGAGGGGCAUUAGGUCCCUGGAGCCGCACGUCACUCACGCCAUACGAGACGGAGGCAACAUCACGACAGCCACUUUGACAAUCGCUGUGACUGGGGAGGACGACGGAGCCACGAUCACCUGUACAGGAGCGAAUCCUGCCCUCCCACACGAGCCCCUUUCGGACAGAAGGAAGCUCAUUGUCUACUACGAACCAAUAGUGGAUCUCUCCCUCGGGAAACAACUGGAGGCUGAGAACAUCAAGGAGGAGGACGACGUCUCCUUCGAGUGCCACAUCAAAUCAAACCCCAAAUUCCACCGCAUCGAGUGGCACCAUAAUGGCCAGGACAUCCCUCAGAACGUGAGUGCCGGUGUGGUGAUCAGCGGGCAGUCUCUAGUCCUUAGGAGUGUCGCCAGGAGUCAUUCGGGAUCCUAUGCAUGUGCGGCCACUAAUGCCCAGGGGCGCACUGUCAGCAAUACCCUUUUCCUGACAGUCAAGCAUGCCCCCACAUGUGCUGGGUCAGCGGGUCAAGAGAGGACCCAGGGGGCAGCUCGAGGGGCGGCGGUGAAGGCCAGGUGCAGAGUGGAGGCCGAGCCUCCUUCAGACUUGACCUGGUCCUGGGUGCGGCAGAGGACCGACGGCAGCGAGGAGAUCCUGUCUCCGGACAAGUACGUCGUCGAGGGACUGACGUCGACCCUGACGGUUGUGCCUGAGACAAGGGAAGACUACGGUCGCCUCCUCUGCAGGGCGACGAAUGGCGCCGGGCGCCAGAAGGAGCCGUGUGUCGUCAACCUCGUACCAGCCGGCCCUCCUGAUACGCCCACCAAUUGCUCGGCCACGCCCGUCAACCCUGACGCCCUGAUGCCAGCCCUUGCUGUCUCGUGCCUGGAGGGGUUUGACGGGGGGCUGCCGCAGAACUUCCUGCUGGAGGCUUGGCAGGACGGAGUGGUCCUCGCGAAUGUCAGUAGCGAGUACCCUGAGUGGGUGGUCAGCGGAAUGGAAGUGGGGAAAGGAGUCGUCUUGAACAUCAUGGGUCACAAUGCCCGCGGUCGAAGUGACCCCGUCACCAUGAAGGUUGUGGCAAGCAGUGCCCAGCAUCGAUCAGCCCCAGGACUUGAAUCAUCUGUGGAAAUCUCCCCAGUAGUUGGUGCUGUUCUGGGAGUUCUGGGUGUGAUACUGGUAUUGCUCUUAGUUGGGACAGCCCUUGUUAGGCGCACCCACAGUCACCCGCGAAAACCAGUCAUCAUCGAGAAGUCUGCAGCCUCACCUUCUUCCAAAGGAUUAGACCCAGAUGUUGUUCAGUCCAUAAAGCGCCUGGAUGUUAUCCCAUGUGUUCAGGAGGAUCACACUAAUCAAGAGGCUGAGCCAAUUUUUGCUUACUCUGAGCACGGUCACCCUCUUGGGGAACGAGAAGAACCGGAAGGGGUUCAUGAUAUUUCUGCUGAAAAUAUUGGAGGGGAAGCUCUUCUUCCUUGCCAGGUACAAGUGCAACUUCAUUCAUAUGAUAUGGAAAGGGAGAGGGUGAACAUAUCUCACGACCAAAGUGAUGAUUCAGGAGUGUCCGAAUCAGAGUCAGACAACGAGAUAAAGCUCCUUGAAGAGGAGGGAAGCAGUCCUGAAGGCGAAGAAGAUCAGCCUUAUUUUGUUAUACCCAAUGUGGGUACUACAGGAAGAGGAGAUUCACCAUGCCAAUACCCAGCCUCCAAAGAAGGGGUCCCGAAAACAAAAACUUGCUCCCCCGGAAAGGAAUUAAGCAAAAAACCCCUAGACUUUCAUCAGAAGCCAUUACCAAUCUCUUUGAGGGAAGGGCUUUUUAACCCUUCUUCGAGAAUCCCAGGGUCAAGUCAGAGAGUUCCUUCUGCUGGGGGACAAAGUGCAUCGCCAGUCGAGGUAAUCAGACUGGCUGUCACAUCAUCAGGGGUGCUCAAUCCAGCAACCAAUGCGCAACGUUUACCAGAUGGAGACACCACGAGAAUUCUCAGGGACGUCGGAGUGCCUGUUACUUUAUACAAAGCAGAAAAUGGGGAACUGCUUCUACUGCCAAGAAGACCAUCUGGCCAAGAAGGAACCGUGUUUCAAUUCCCAACAACCCAGGCUUACAAAAUGAAACCUCUUCCAAAGGCUUCUGGAAAGAAAGGCGAAGCCAUUCCAGAGACUACGGUCAAAGGAAUGGAUUCUAGUCCUAUAGAACAAAACCUGCAGAAGUUACCAACAGUUACUUCCACUAACAAAGGAAAACUCGUUGGGGGAAAAGGAUAUGUUCUUCCAGCACAGCCUGAUGUUUGCCGAUGGGAAAGCUCUGUAUAGCGCAGUUCCAGAGUCAAAACCUGCAUGUUCCAGAUUUUCCAUCGUCGCCUGCGUUAAAAUAAAUGAGAAAUAUUCUCUCUUUGUUAAUAGUUUUGUUAUAAACUCUCAGGUACCUCCAUGUUUAGGAAAUAAGUGUGCACUAAAUGAUUAAGAAAUAUAACAGAUUUUUAACUUCCUUGUUCAGUUAGUUUGCAACAUUCUUUAGCGGAUAUUUCUAAGCAUGAGAAUGUUUACAAUACCCAACGUAUGUGAAUGACCUAGUAAAAAUAUAAUUAAUAAACCUUUAGCAAGUAACUUUUCCAAAUACUCAUAUAAAACAUCUCUUAAGAAAUAUCAAACUUAUUUACUAUUAAUUUAUUUUUAUACGUUUUAUUUACUUGUGCAGUAUAUCACCUUCCUUAUGCAUUAUGUUACCAAUAAAAUGUUAACAAAUUAAAUUUGCUAAUGAUG